CUAGCUAAUAAGAAAAGAACUUCCAAGGUCCAUCCUACAAAUAGGCCCACUAGAGACAACGGUGACGGGCUAAUAAGAAUUUCCAUCCCACAUACAGGCCCACUAGAGACAUAUGGGCCCAGAACCACGACCGUUACCUUCUCCACGACAGCGUUUUAAUCAUUAACCGCCACACACAACGGCUAGUUCCUCUCGAAGUGACCGUCCCCAAUCCCCCUCGCAAAUUCAAACUUCUUGAAGUGCGCCUCAAACCAACUCCAACAAACGAUCCCCGGUCAUUUCCAUCCCCCAAGCUCUCAACACGAUAAGAACUUAGCCAGUUAGCAGCUCUGGUGAUCCCAAUCAGAUCUUCUUCUUCUUCUUCUUCUUCUUCUUCUUCUUCUUCUUCUUCUUCUUCGUCAUAAAAAUGGCGUACAACUACACGCCAGCUUACUACUCCACGCUCCACGACUCCAUCACUUCCCUCUGCAAGACCAUCCUCCCUUUCUCCUUCAAGAAGCGCGGCCGGCUCGCCGCGGCGGAGCACCGCCUCAACAAGAUCCAGUCCGACAACCUCAAAUGGCAGCAGGACUCGUUCCACCAGAUCCUCAAUCUGACGGGACUCCAUAAAGCAGGGAUCUUGGAGCAGCACGAGGUCUCGGCGUUCCGAUCCCACUUGCUCGAGACCCUCAUCGCUUCUCCCCCGGAGCACGAGCACGCCGCCGUCUUGCGGGACAAAUUGCUCUUCCUCCAGGAGUUGCUGUAUGCGAAAUGUAUAACGGAGGAAGAGUACCAUUCGUCGAAGGGGCCAUUGAUGCAGAGAAUGGCGGUCCAAGGUGCAGAAAUCGAGGCGAGGGAUGUGGUCGUAGGCGGGAAACAGAGCGAAGUGGAUGAAAACAGAGAUGAAGAAUGGUCAGUGAUUGAUUUGAGAGACGAGAAACGUGAGUCCACUCCGCAAUCCAAGCGAAAAUCAAAGGAGCAGAGCUCACCUGCGUUGAAGCAGAUCAAAGGGGCGGGUUCUUCUCUGCUAGGAUUUAACAAGCAGAGUAAUAGGAGGCAGAGCAUAUUCGAGAUCGAGGCUAAACGGCAGUCCUGUGGACAACAUAAUAACAACAGCGGAGAAAUGUACGAGAGCCCAAUUGUGAAUGGUGGUAACUCAGUGAAGGGGAGCGAAACAAAGUCGAUUCUGAUGCAAGCAAGCGGAAAGACAGCUGCAUCUCCGAGGAAGGAGAAUGGGAGUGGCGAGAAGGUGAAGAGGAAGCCAUUCAGGACUCUGUUUGAUAAAGAGCAGAGUAGCGAGAAAUCUGCGAAGAAGAAGCAAUGGUGGAAGAGGAAUGAUUCGGAGGACGAGACAGCUCCACUGCCACUGAACAUUGGAAGAGCAGGAGAUUGUGAAGAUGAGUAUGGAAACCUUGUUACAAGCCCGAUCGGAGAAGGCCCUGAUACGAAACAGAUCAAAAGGAAGCUUCACUCCGAUGGAACCCCUUCGGAUUUCUUCAUUGACAAAGUGUUGGGGAAUAACAUAAAGAAAGAGCUGUUGAGGAUUCAAACUGAGCUCUCCACCACCAAUCCAAAUCUGAAACUCUCGGAUGACCAAAUGGAAGCAAUCUCCACUAAGCUUCCUGUUGACAAAGCUGACCUCAAGAACUUCUUUCCCAAGUCAUGGUGCGACCAAUAUGGCGAUGUGGUGAAGAAAGAGUUCAAAGAUCAUGUGGGUGAGAUGGAGAACUUGAGAAAUGCUACCAGGGAAAAGCAUCUGAAUAACUCAAAGAGGUGGACGACAUUCAGUGAUGAUGAUGAUGAUCAUGUGGGUGAGAUUGAGAACAUGAAGAAUGUUACCAGGGAAAAGAAUCUGAACAACUCGAAGAGAUGGACGACAUUCGAUGAGGACGAUGAUGAGAAUAUCCACCCGAAUCUUUUCAGUAGUGUCACCUAUAGCAACAACAUCAACAAGAGCAAUAACCCGUUCCUUCAAGAUUCUAGCAUCACAGGGAAGAGCCAUCAUGGGAUUGAGAAGCCACAAUCGUUAUCAACUUCCUUCCAGAAUCCGUUCUGGAACGGCUCUUCUCUGUUUCAUUAGCAAAACUGCCAAAAAGAAGAACCAUGUUCUUCUAUAAUCUGUUUGUCGAUGUAGAUUCCGGUUCUUUCAGUAUCAUAGUAGAUGUGUU